AUGUAUCAAAACAAGCCAGAGUGGUUCAGUGCGCCGAGAGAUGUUCUUCCAGGUUCAACCAUCACUCCAGGGAGGCUUAUUGUUGAUCCACGAGCCCCUGAAGGACCACCUUAUCUCGACAAAGCCUUGUCCAUUCCCGACGCAGACUUGAGGGUGACCAACUAUCCAUACAAGAGCGAGAGACAAGACGAAAAGGGUGGUUCAUUGGGCCUCUUUGGAUCGUUCAUGUCUGCAUUUGGACUGGGCGGAGAUUUGAGUGGAAAUAUCAAAAGCGGGACAGCUCUUGAUAUCGAAGUUGAUCGACUACAGACGGUUAUGUUUGACCCUUCGGUCGAGUAUCUCGAGGAAUCCUUGAACUCACCGAAGAACCUAGCUUACUUGAGAGAUCAAAGGUUCAAGAGAUCCCUGUAUCUUGUGACGGGGGUGAAGACGGCCUACGGCGCCAGGUUGACACGCUCGAGAUCAGAACAGAGAGGGGCUAAGGCGAAACUUGGGAUCAGUCCGAAUGUCCCGGGCCUUGAGAUUGGCCCAACUGCAUCUUACACACAGACUGGGAAAGUGACGGAGACGGUGCAGGGUCCGACGGACUUCGUGUUUGCCUACCGCCUUAACAAGCUGCAUUAUUCGCGAACUAGGAGCAAAUACGUUCAACAAAAGUUCACCACUGGAGCCUUGUAUUCUGAUGAGGUGGACCUUAAGGAUGAAGUAGAGGCGAUCAAGGCCGCCGAUUCAGAAGGUGAAGAGUUCGCUGAAGUUGUCGGUGGCCUGGAAGACGAUGACGCAGGCCGGGCAGAAUUCAAGAUCCCUGGAGAAGCCGUCUUUGACGAGGAGGAUGGCGAGCCCUGUAUCAUACUAUUGCCAGAAGCCUCGACACCGGCAUGGGCUGUUGGUGGUGGCUAG